GAGCGGCCGGCGGAGGUGAGCCAUGGCGCAGGAGCUGAGCCAAGCGGAGCUGCUGGACUUUCUCUGCCAGGCCGGGGGGCGAGUGGCCAACGCCGCUUUGCUGGGCCACUUCCAGCGCUUCUUGCGCGACCCCCGGGCGGCCCCCGCCCAGCUCCAGCACCGCCGCCACCUCUUCAAGGGCUUCGUCAACUCCGUGGCCACCGUCAGCCAGGACGGGCCCGGCGGCGCUACUUACGUGGUGCUGAGGAAACGGUACCGAGACCUGAUCGGGGAGGAGUCCAGAUCGCCGCCCGACCACGGCCCGUGGCCUGAACCGCCGCCGCCGCGGGCUCCAGCCGGCCCAUCGCCGCCUCAGCCAGCCAGGUGGGAUCGCGCCGGCGCCGCCGGGAAGGCGCCGGGAGCCGCUUCUCCCCGGAGAAUUCCCGAACCGCGGCGGGAAACGGGUGGCGAAGUGGCGGCGGGCCGGAGGAGGAAGGCCGGCAGGUGCCUUCCCGCCACACCUGGAGUUGGAUCUCGGCCUCCGCCUGCCAGCCCCACCUUGGGCUGCCUGGGCAGAGAGAAAAGGGCUCCCCGGCAGCCGCUCGCGGAGCCAGCCGCCCGGGACCCGCCGCUCUUGCGGGAAAAGGCGGGGCAGUCCAACGGCCUCAGUUUACCCGUCGGAGAAAUGGGUGCCGGCAGCGUCCAGCAAAGGAUUCGGGACUGGAUCAUUACCCAUCAUGCGGCUUCCCCCGAGCCCUGCCAGGCCCUGGAAGGAGAGGAAGCCUGCCUCAUCCCAGCCUGGUCUCAAAGCUCGGACCGGAGCCGCCCUUGUGGGUCGCUGGGUUUCGAUCCUCCGUCGGAGUCCUCGGAGGGCUGGCGGGACCCUCCCGUGCCCGUCUUCCGCAGCAUCCGAUGCCGGCUUUCCUUGCAGGAUUUUGAAGAUUACCUGGAGCAGGAGAGCUCGGCCAGCGAAGAAGGCAGCAGCGCCAGCAGGGAGAGCGGCUCCCAUCCAAGGGAAAGGGAAGAAGCGGGCAGGAUGAACGGCUGCGUUGGAAACUCAGCUGGACACGAGGCACCUGGGGUUGCCCCUCACAGCGAUAGAUUGGGGGUGAGGAUGCCCCUCGCCCAGUCCAGUCAGGACUCCAAGGCUGGCAAGUCCCCUCCUCACAUUGCUUUGCUGCACCUUGUGGUUGGCAGAGCUGCCACCAUGGACAAAACAGAAGGCAGGGAUUUGCUCAAACCGAGGAAGAUGGGCAGGCCACCGUCCCCAAAUCUGGAUGCCCCCUUAAGCCCCCGGUGGGCCCCCAGACAGAGACCCGUGGUAAAUGCCCCAUCCGUAGAAAGACUGGCCCCUCACCCAGAGGGCCCUGCCGAGCACAGGUCUUCCUCGGUGCCCCUGGACGGUCGAGAACACACCUGGCUGGUGAAAGUUGCCACAGGCUCCUGGAUGCAGGUCCGGGCUCUACUUUGCGAAGACCCUCACCUGGUGCUCCACAGGGACUUCGUCUCCGGCUUCACGGUGCUUCACUGGCUGGCCAAGCACGGGAACGCUGAAGUGCUGCAGGACUUUGUCGCCGGCGCUCGGGAGGCAGGAGUUGUCCUGGACGCCAAUGUCCGGUCCGGUUGUGGCUACACUCCAUUGCACCUAGCGGCCAUCCACAGUCACCCCCUGGUCAUAAAAAUCCUGGUGCAGAGGCUACAUUGCCGGACGCAAGUCCGGGACAGCAGCGGCAAGAAGCCUUGGCAGUAUUUGAACGCCAGCGCCUCUGGGGAAAUAUGGCAGCUUUUGGGGGCCCCUCGAGGCAGGACCAUCUUCCCAACUCAUCCCAUCGCCCGGCCGUCCACAGCCACUCCUUCGUCAACCUCCCUGGCCAGGAAAGUGAACAGAAAACCUUCCCUGGCAAGGUACUUGAAACCUCAUCAUCUGAAGCGGAAACAGGGGUGCAAGUGCUCCGUUUUACAGGAGAUUGAGGAAUACAGUGAUUAAGAACCGCGGGUGUGGCCUUUGGACCAAGACACAUUUGGGGGGAAUUGGAUGAUUCAAAGCAAGAAUCUCCAACCUUGGCAACUUGAAGACUUGUGGACUUCAACUCCCAGAAUUCCUCCUGCAGACAUGUUAGCUCAGGAAUUCUGGGAGUUGAAGUCCACCAGUCUUCAAGUUGCCAAGUUUGAAGACGCUUGAUUCAAAGGGUCUCCAAGGAUGUUGUGGGCCCAGCUGGUUGUUUUUUCAGCUCAUUAUAGCUAUGUUUGGGGAGGAACUGGACGAAAAAUGGCAUUUUAUUCCUUGAACGUAUUUGGAUUUUAAUUUUAACCGGGGAUGGGGAGAAUUGCUUUACACGCCCCGUGUGAAAACUUGGGGGUU